AUGACAUCCAUAUUGUCAGUUGAAUGUCGAAAUACUGCCAGGAGCAGAUUGUGGUCGGCAUCUAAAUAUCCUGCUCGCAGCAACGUGAGAACGGUUACUCAAUUACAGGAUCAAACAGGGAAAGCCGCCGUCGCUCUAAAUCACAAUCAGGUCUAUCGUAGUUGUAUAGCACCCGACGGCGAUGGUAGUGGAGGAGGAGACGUUAUGGAGCCGGCCACUUCAAACGUUCGCGGACUAAGCAAUGUGUCGAUCGACAUUCCAUUGGCAGUGGCAGCUGGUACUACAGUCAACAUGUCCUGCAAAUACGAUCUACAAUCGGAUACUCUUUACACUGUCAAAUGGUACAAGCAGGGCGCGGAAUUUUUUCGAUAUGUCCCUAAGGAAAUGCCACCGAUUGGAGUAUUUGGGGAACUUGGAGCAAGAGUCGUGACAAAUCGGAGCGAUGCGCAUCGAGUAGUCCUAAAGGAUGUACAGCCCAAUCAUACUGGCAAAUAUCGUUGUGAAGUCUCCGGAGAUUCUCCUUCGUUUAAUACCGUAAUGGUCUCUGGUUACAUGCACGUAGCUAGUCUACCGAACGGCGAUCCGCAGCUGCGGGUCGAGAAGAUGCAAUAUGCGGUAGGUGAUAUUGUACGUGGAAACUGCACGGUACCGUUGGGAAAUCCUCCGGCUAACGUGACGUGGACUGUCAACGACAUAUCGGUGAACUCAAGUUUUAUCACUCAGAAAGUUGAUGACAGUCAACAGCACGUGAUAAUUGCUGGAUUGGACUUCGAGACGAUGCAGGAUAGUUAUAGCAACGGCAAACUAAAGAUCAUGUGUCAUGCCAAUGUCUUUCAUUUAUAUAAAAAAAUGGCUGAGGUAUCUCUGAAGGAAGAACGUCCAAGAUUGGCUUCCGUAUUAGGAACACGGGAAUCCUCUUACGUUGGUAGCGCAGCCAAGAGCGCCGCAGAAUACUUCUACAUCACUGCCGUGACUGCACUGUUGCUAUGUUGCCUGAGAUAACAUCAAUGAGUUUACAAUACAUUUUACGCGCAUGAUUGUAUCGAGAUGAAGGGAAUAAAUCGUUUGUAAAAUUUUGAAAUUACUAAAUGGGAUAAAACUUGGGAAAGAGGAAAUCUUUUGUUGAAAUAAAUACUAAGCGUAUGUUAUUCGUGUAAAUAGGAUAAAGGAAAAGAUUUAGUGAAUUAUCUACGUGUACGCGAUCUACGUCCGCCCCGCGGGUAGAUUUGUAAUCAUGAUAACAUGUCGUAUUAUUAUGUAAUAGAUCGACAAGAUGUCGCGCCAAACUAUCGACGACUUAUUUGAAUAUUGUACCGUCUUUU